AUGACGCAGCUAAACGGAACACCAGACGGUGUCAUGGACGAACGCUCGCCUGCUGCCUUGGAGAAGGGAGACGGCGUCGUUUACGACGAGGCCAACAGGAGCGAUGGGUCCACAGAGGGCGAGUUCACGUGGACUCCCGAGGAGGAAGUCAUGGUUCGCCGCAAGCUGGAUCGCGUGAUCGUGCCGCUCACAACAUUUCUCUACUUGCUAUGCUUCCUCGAUCGAAUCAACAUUGGAAAUGCACGUAUCCAGGGCAUGGGCAAAGACCUCAAACUCAACCAGGGUGUGCGCUUCAACUGGGUCACGUCCAUCUUCUACAUUGUCUACAUGUUUGUCGAGAUUCCCAGCAACAUUCUCCUCAAGAAACUGGGGCCAAAGUACUACCUGCCUCUGCUUGUGUGCGGCUUCGGUUUCGUCUCGCUUUGCACGGCCUUUGUGCAAAACUUUGGCGGCUUGCUGGUUGCUCGAGCAUUCCUCGGAAUCUUUGAAGGUGGUGUCAUGCCUGGUCUUGCUUUCUUCAUCACGUGCUUCUACAAGCGCAAUGAGCUUCUCUUCCGUGUCGGCAUCUAUGUCUCGGCCGCCUCCAUGGCUGGUGCAUUUGGUGGCCUGCUUGCUACUGCUCUCUCUCGUAUCCCUCCAUGGGGCGCCUCGUCCAUGAUCAUCCACACAUGGCGAAACAUUUUCUUCUUCGAGGGCCUCGUCACCGUUAUCAUCGGCCUUUCCGCACCCUUUGUGAUGCCCCGCAGCCCGGAAGAAUGCUGGUUUCUGAACGAGCGCGAACGCAUGAUUGCUUCGCGGCGCCUCGUCCUCAAGAACGGUGCCGACGAGAACGAGAAGACGGAGCCUCACCACGUAAAGAGGGCCAUGCUGAACAUUACAAACUACUUUUGCGCCUUUGGAUUCUUCUUCAUCAACAUUACUGUCCAGGGUAUCUCGCUGUUCAUGCCAACUAUUCUCGCCGAUCUGGGCUGGACAGCGACCAAGGCGCAGCUCUACUCAGUUCCUCCCUACGUGUGUGCCUGUGUCAUCGCCAUCAUGGUAGCUUUUGCCUCUGACAAGACGAACCGCCGCGGCAUCUACCUCGCCAUUUUCACAGUCCCCGCCAUCGCCGGCUUCUGCAUCAUGCGCUGGGCAACGGACCCGCAAACCCGCUAUGGCGGAAUCUUCCUCAUUACCAUCGGUGCCUUCCCAGGCGGCCCCGGCUUCAUGGCAUGGGCCGCCAACAACGCCGCCGGACCCGCCAUCCGCUCCGUCUCGACCGCCUACGUCGUCACGCUCGGCACCGCGGGCGGCAUCCUCGCCACCUGGACCUACACCUCCAAAGACGCCCCUCGCUACCCCACGGGCCACACAAUCAAUCUCUGCGGCCAAAUCUGCGUCUUCUUCCUCGCCAUCUUCGGCAUCUUCUACUGCAAAUGGGAAAACAAGCAGCGUGAUCUGGGUAGACGCGAUCACCGUCUUGCUGGGAAAUCCGCAGCGCAGAUUCGCGAUUUGGGCUAUAGACACCCAGAGUUUAGAUAUAUGCAUUAGUUGCGUACUAAGGACAUGCGAGAUAGAAGAUGAAAAGAACGAAGAGACGGAUGAAUGACACUC